GUCGCGCAUCCUUCCGACUAUGAAUACGACAAGUGUACGACAUGCGCAUACGACAAGGUGAUGCGUGGUCUCAGUCUGCAAUCCGUGGGCCGGCGACGCGCCCCACGUCUCCUUUUCCUCCGCCCGCGUAUAGGUUUACGAUGGGCGAGCACGUUGGAGAGGAAGUCAAGAGCUGAAGGAAUCAAGGUCGAAUCGCUCACUGCCAAAUGGCAGCCACACUGGGAUCGACUGUCAUCCCAAUGGCACGACUUGCGGGAGUCCGACAGAGGAAAUGCAUACGUGCUGCCCAUGUUCCCAUACCCCUCCGGCACGCUCCACCUCGGCCACCUGCGCGUAUACACGAUAUCCGAUGUUCUCUCCAGAUACAAGCAUAUGCAGGGCUACAAGGUCCUGCACCCCAUCGGAUGGGAUGCAUUUGGCUUGCCGGCUGAGAAUGCAGCGAUCGAGCGAGGGGUACAUCCGGAGAAAUGGACGCUGCAAAAUAUCGAUACUAUGAAGGGCCAAAUGAAGGAAAUGGGUGGGCGCUGGGACUGGGACUCUGAGAUACGAACAUGCGAUCCCCAUUUCUACAAGCACACUCAACGGAUUUUUCUCAUGCUCCAUGAACGCGGACUAGCCUACCAAGCCGAAUCUCUCGUGAACUACGAUCCUGUCGACAAGACCGUCCUCGCGAACGAACAAGUAGACGCCAAUGGCUGUUCCUGGCGCUCCGGCGCAAAGGUCGAGAAAGUGAUGCUGAAGCAAUGGUUUCUGAAGAUCAAGGAGUUCCAAGAGCCUCUGCUAAAGGACCUGGACGCUCUUGCACGAGAUGGAAAGUGGCCCGAGAAAGUCCUUGCAAUGCAAAGAAACUGGAUUGGCAAAUCUGAAGGCGCGCAGCUUUGGUUCGAUGUCAUCUCGACUAACAGCGAGACGCGCUUUGAGCCCGUCGAUGUCUUCACUACCAGAGCUGACACAUUGUUCGGAGUGCAAUACAUUGCUCUCUCGAUGCGUCAUCCAAUCGUCCAGCAGCUAGCUAUCGAGAAUUCAGAGCUUCGCGCCUUUGUGGAGCGAGCAAAAGAGCUACCCCUGGACACCAAGGAGGGGUUCAGGCUACGAGACAUUGUAGCACGCAACCCGCUUGCGCAUGUUAGAGGCACUACGGGACCUUCUAUACCUAUCUAUGUGGCUCCAUAUGUUUUGGAUGACUACGGCUCGGGCGCUGUAAUGGGUGUUCCAGGCCACGAUGCGCGAGAUCAUGCCUUUUGGCGAACGAAUGUCGGUGAUGAGCCAGUCAAGGUUGUUAUAUCUGCUAAGAAAGGCGCUCUACCACUGUCGCUUGUACCUUGUAGUGGCAAAGACAUGCCAGUGACUGAGAAAGGUUUUAUCGCUGCUGACAUAGAGCAUUUCGGUGGCAUGACCUCGAAGCAAGCCGCGAACGAGGUUGUGCGAGCAAUAACCGACACUGGGAAGCCAGCUCAAAAGACAGCAAACUGGCGACUCCGAGACUGGUUGAUCAGUCGGCAACGUUACUGGGGUGCGCCAAUCCCUAUCGUUCAUUGUGACUCUUGUGGAGCUGUUCCUGUACCUGAGAAGGAUCUCCCGGUGGAAUUACCAAACUUGCCUGACAGCUUUUUCGAGGGACGCAAAGGCAACCCGCUAGCAGAAGAUGAGAACUGGAAAAAAACCGCAUGUCCGAAGUGCGGCUCAGCUGCUGAGCGUGAGACAGAUACGAUGGACACUUUCAUGGACUCGUCUUGGUAUUUCUUCAGAUUUCUGGAUCCCAAAAACGAGCAUGCCUUGGUCGACCCUACAAAGACAAAUAGCGGCAUGCCUGUAGACCUCUACGUUGGCGGUGUAGAGCACGCGAUCCUCCAUCUACUGUAUGCGCGCUUCAUAUCCAAGUUCCUGGCAACCACUUCAUCGUGGCCCAAGGGCCAUUUGACGAAUGGUGAACCUUUCACGCGCCUCAUCACCCAAGGUAUGGUUCACGGAGAAACCUUCACUGACCCCGAGAACGGUCGCUUCUUGCGUCCAGAUGAAGUUGACUUAACGAAUCCUUCCAAGCCCAUCAUCAAGGCUAGUGGUGUGACUCCAAAUGUCAGCUUUGAGAAGAUGUCGAAGAGCAAGUACAACGGCGUGGAUCCAGGAGCUACAAUCGCCAAGUACGGCGCAGACGCAACGCGCGCGCAUAUGCUCUUCCAAGCCCCUGUCAGUGAUGUGCUUGAGUGGGAUGAGAAAAAGAUUACCGGCGUGCAACGGUGGCUACAUCGAAUCAUCAAACUUUCCACAGCGCCCUGGAUACCUGAUGAUGAAAUGGAGAAGUUUACAGUACCGGAACAUGUUGACAAGAAACUCCUCAACAUCCUGCAGGAUACUUCAACAAGCGAAGAUUCUUUGAACGCCACACGCGAAAGCUUAGUGUCUAUACUCAAGCAAGAUGAAGCGAAACUUUGGAUCAAGACGCAAGAAACCAUCGCCAGUGUUACCGAGUCGUACUCGCAGACAUACUCACUGAAUACCAUCAUCAGCGAUCUAAUGACGCUAACGAAUGCCAUCUGGGACGCCCCACAUGCGUCUCACAUUACACCAUAUCUCAAGUGGUACUCUAUGGCACACCUCGUCCGUAUGCUCGCCCCUAUCGCUCCUGGUGUUGCCGAAGAAGCUUGGCACCAACUGAACACCUGUACCACAUCUCAAACGCACGAAGGCAGCGUACAAACCGUCUUCGCAAGAAGUUUUCCAACCGCUGAUCUAGCUAUUAUACCACUCCUCACUACGACGCGCAAGUGUGUUGUUCAGAUAGAUGGUAAACGCAAAUUCGACGUGGAUAUCCAGAAGCUUCCCGAUUCGAUCAGCCCUACAGACAGUAAUGCUGUAACGAAGUUCGUUCUGCGCGAACUACUUCAGACAGACGAGGGAAGGGAGUGGUUUGAUAGAGAAACAGGAAAGAUCUGGAAGUUGAGUGCGACCGAGAAAGAGAACGAGGAGUUUGGGGCAGUACCCGAGGGAUGGAAAGUUAUUGCUGUGAACAGCGGCGCGCUAUGCAAUUUCGUUGGGCCAAAGAAACCCAAGAUGGAAAAGAGUGGAUGAAGACCUGUAUACAUACGAUGACUUUACUCAUAGCAACAUGUACAAUAUAUGCGACAUAUUCCAACCUUGGAGUAUACAUCACCUGCCUUAGCACAGCACAGCAAUAGUUUUCGUAGCGAAAACCUUCAGGGUACGUUUUGGAGCACGCCC